AUGGAGACGGACUAUUCGGCUGACGAUAUCGCAGCAGCGAUGAGUUUGCAGUUCUUCCAGGUGCGUUUCUUUUUUUGUCGAUACGAGGCGGGUAACAUUAAGCAAUCUAUGUGUGCUUCAGUACAUAUACACCCAGUUUCGAUAACUACAUUCUGGUGGAGAUUCUUGCUUGUGUCGCACUGGACCAAGGCAAAGGGCCUCUAUAUCGCUACACGAUAUGUCCCCUUUCUGCUUCUCGCCACAAAUCUAUAUUUGAGUUUCAUCCCGAAUGAAACCCCAGGUAAAUGCCGGGUGUUGGACAAUAUUUGCUCAGGCUUUUUCAUCUUAAGAACAUGCGCGCUUUGGAACAACAAUAGAAUAUUGCUUGCAGCCAUUCUUGUUACGCUUUCCCAGACAUUUCUCGGAGCUUCCAUCGGUAUUACCUUCGCCACUACUGCUCCCGCAACAUAUGCAAUUAGUGCGAUCCCUGGUAUCACAGGGUGCUACCAGAGCUCGAGUAGUCUCCAGCUCUUCAUACCAUUUCUUCUCCUGUGCGCAUUCGAACUGGGACUUAUGACCCUCACACUCAUACGUGCCAUACAGAGUUGGCGACAAAACCCAAGCCGUCUGUACAUUGUCCUGCUGAAUCAUAACAUAUUUUAUUAUACGUGUGGUCUUUUGCUCUCAGUGGCAAAUAUAUUCACAUCGCUGCUCCUCCAUUACUCCUACCACGCCAUACUGCACGAUUUUCAGUUCAUCAUCCUUGCGAUCCUCGCCACGCGUAUGCACCGCCAUCUUUGGCAGAUGAAGCGACAAUCACACGGGUCUGAUGCCCCCAUGCAAAUCCCUAUGUCCGACAUGUCACCUCCGGAAUCGAAGACUACCUACUUGGGGCGGGAGAUGCCUUUAGUUCUAUUCAACAUCCUGGGUGUCAACUUUUCAGUGCAAGCAGCGGUGGACGGAUUGAUGGAAUAG